GAAACGCAACCUAACGCAUUUGCAUGUUAGUUCAGUAGCUGUGAGCUCUAGUUUGCCAUGUCAUCGGAUGCGAUGUCAUCGUUGCGAUGACUUGUCAACGUUAUAAUCAGGUCCGGUGGUUCAAACGUUCACGAGCUGUAUGAUCUCCCGUUUCAUUAAUCCCUCCGUGUCUUUCGAGUCAAUGCGUAUUGGUUAUUGCCUCCAUCGUCAAAUCACCAUGCAAGCUCUCAAGUUCGAAAAGACUGGGUCCUUCGAUGAGUUGUCUCUAGUUAACAUCGACAAACCCAUAUUACGUCCUGGCGAGGCUCUCGUACGCGUCAGAGCUGCCGGUAUCAACGGGUCCGAUGCUGCAGGCAUUAUAGGCACUCUUCCAUUUGUGACCACCCCGCGCAUUCCUGGCAGAGAUUUCUCCGGGAAUCAAGAGUGGAUUGGAGCAGAGGUGUGGGGAACAGGAAGCGAUAGAGGCUUCACUUCGGACGGAACAUUUUCUCCAGUGCACGGACGGCUCUUCAGAUACGUUGCCAUCCCUAUCGCUGCAUUAAGCCGGAAGCCAGCAUCCCUCGACCAUUCCAGAGCUGGUAGCAUGACCCUACCGUGGUUAUGUGCCUGGAUUACAGUCGACACUCUUGCGAACGUCAAGGAGGGAGACAAUGUUAUUAUCAUUGGUGCUCGAGGAGGCAUUGGCUCCGCAGCAGCACAACUCUGCAAAGAACGCGGGGCACGCAUAUUCGGGACGUACACCUCGCUCGCCAAAGUGACUCCCCCAUCAUACGCUCUAAAAAACGCCAUCCGCGAGGCCAUCGCCAAGGCUGGACUGCAGAAUAAAAUUGACGUUUUGCUAGACUGCGCCGGCUACGACCAGCCAUUCAACGACGCGAUUUUCACGAUGACAGCAAACGGUACCGGUCGUGUCGUUGUCAUGGCUGUCCAUGCAAAGGACGGACUGUUCCCCGUCAACCUGCGGUCAUUUUAUACAAAGGCCCUUACGUUAAAGGGCAUGAAGUCGAGUAUUCUGGGCCCAUUGGAGGUCAAGGAGGUACUGGACGACCUUGCGAAGAAAAUUGAUAGUGGGCUGCUAGAGGGGCCGAAGGAGGUCAACGAAGUUGAUAUGAGGAACAUGGACAAUGUGAAAGGUGCUCUGCAGGAGAUUUUAACUCGAGCUUCUCAUGUUCGUUCAGUGAUUGUUCCCUGAACGUUCCCGAUGUAUAUAUUACCAGCAUCUGUGCACUUCAUCGUAUUUG